UACAAAGGUCAGAGAGCUAGUCAAAAUGACAUGACUGAAGAUGAUUUUGAUUACUCUCAGCAGGCCUAUGAACACGAGAAACCGCCGCGUGUGAAUAAUAAGAAGAUAGAGACCUACCAUAAAUCAAUUUUUGAGGAUAAGAGGAAGAUUGACACUCAGAUGAAAUGGAGGGAUAUGUCGGAUUUUGAAGCCAACAUUUCCGGUUCUGAUGAUGAUCUUAAUGCCCUGCUAAAGGAAGAGGAAGACCUUGUAACUGCUCACCGUAGACAAGUGGAAGAGACAAUAGACAUUGUUAGGGAGGAGAUGGAUCUGCUGGUUGAAGCUGAUCAGCCAGGCAAUCAACUGGAUGAUUAUAUCUCCAAGUUAAAUGCCCUUCUUUCACAGAAGGCUGCUGGAAUUCUUCAACUGCAGACCCAGUUGGCCCAAUUUCAGAGGCGUCUGAAUGAGUAUAAUGUUUUGGUCUCUUCUGGUAAUUGAAUUCAUUAGGGGGGAGACUGAUGAUGAAAAAAAAAACCAUUGUUUGAUAUGGAAUGGAUUUUGUUGAGCAAUUGUUUUGUGUUGCUCAGUUUCUUCCUUGGAAGUUUGGUUUCCAUUAUAUCGAGCCUAGUUUCUGGCUCAACGCUGUUGUUUUGACCUGAGCUAGCGGAAACUUGAUCUGUAAAUAUAUCUGCUCACUUGCACUUUCUGUAAUGCUCUGCGGCAGUAUAAUUUGUCAGCAGUGGAAACACCCUGCUUGGGUUAUUGAGUUUGUUAACAUAGAGCUAUAAAUCACCAGUUAAACGGCUUUUGUGUAAUGGACCAUGCUUGACUCGAAACUUGAAAGUGAUGGAUUCAAUUUGCUAUUUGUUCCCUAACAAACCUUUUUUCCUUACUA